UUACGUGAAGAGGCGUCGUUGAAGAGGCAACAUACACUCCGAGAGCAGUGGGAGGCAGAGAAGAAGAGGAGGGAAGAUGUGGAGAGGGAACUGCAAGAUUUGCAGGGAAAGGCAGACGAACUGGCGGCCAAGACAGAGACACAAACAAAGGUGGGUCGAUCGGAGAUCUUAAACAUUUUUGUUGAUAACGAAAUCUCUUGGAGUGUCAAUGUGCGCAACAUUCUCCUGUGA